GACACGAAAAACCAAUGAACCGUAUCGACGCUUUUUCUUCUACUGUAGGUAUCUAGGGAAAAGGUUGAGUGACGCGAACCGAGUACUGCCGUUCCGGUGACAAGUGACGUGUAAGGUCUGUGCAGCUGCAAGGCGUAAGGUGCAGUGGAAUCCGGCUGACAGGCCUUCAAACGGAGACACACCGAGUUACCACCACCACCAGCCUACAGUUUCCAGUCGUCACUGUCGUCUGCCAGGGUUAUUAGUGUACAACCAUUCAUUGACGAUUCAUCAGUGAGGCAGAUACUUGGAAAUAUUGGAUGUAAAUGGACAUGCAACCAAGCUAACAUACAUCAUUGAAACCAGGAAACAUAUCACUCUCGAGCAAUACGCUUCUAUUGAUACGCUUCAAAUCUUCUAAACAGUUGCUAUUCAUCUGAUAUCGAGACUAAGCCUGUGCUCAAGAGUGUGUACUGCUUGUAGGCUUCAUGAAUGUGUUGCAAUGCGGGGAAUCCCAGACCUUUGGCAUGAUCUGACCGAGGGUUGGAGACACGAGCGUGUUAACAGGAAGUGUAUUCACACCCUCUCCAUAUGUCGAAUCGUCAUUAGCUAGAUAGUGAUGCCACCAUCGUUAUUUGGUUGAUAAUGAUGGCCACCGUCAGUCCACUGUGGCCUAGCAAUGGGGAGGCAGCCCUGACUCCCAACAGGAGGAAAGACAAUGAUGUCAUACAGUCUAACAGUAGCGGCACUCACGAGUCACGGUCGCCCUCCAUCAGGUCACAGCCAGCAGUGAUGAACAGAAAGGACUCCACAAGGGACUCUUUUCCAACUAUCAGCAGAUCUAGAGCAGAGAAGUUCCACAAGCUGUUUAAGUCUGUCCCGGACACUGAAGAUCCCAUCGAUUAUUUCUCGUGUGCCUUUCUUGGAGACAUUCUACUACAGGGGAAUCUGUAUGUGUCACAGAACUGGUUCUGUUUCUACUCUAGGAUCAGAGGCAGGGGCAGGCUGCAGGAGAUUCCUAUGGAGAAAGUCAUCAGUAUAACUCGUGAAAAGACUGCCCUGAUCAUCCCAAAUGCCAUUGGUCUGCAGACAGCUCAGGAAAAGUAUGUGUUUGGCUCCUUCAUCUCUAGAGACAACACCUACAAGUUUCUGUAUGGCCUCUGGAAAAAGACGCAGCAACAGAAUGACAUGCUGGUACAUAUUCGAAAUGAUUCAAAUACCUCAAAUGAAAUAUCCUUCACACUGUCUCUUGAUCAAACUGUACCAGAUGACCCAGAUAGAAAGUAUGAGUUAAAGACUAGUAAAUCAUUUACGCUGCCUGAUACAGACUAUCAUAUUAACAAUAAUGUCAUCAGUGUUCCCGUUGAGUCGGUUCAAAACAAGCUGGACUCGUGCGAGUCCGACUCGAGUGUGUGUCCUGAAUGUGGAGUCGUUGACAACAGUGAUGUCAGCUGUAACAAGGAUGUUCCCAAAGAGACCGAUAACACAACACAGUGCACUGCAUUUGUUCAUUCUGAGGUCAGAGGUCAGAAGGAAGAGGUUAUUGAAGGUUCAAAAUUCAGCAUUCCCUAUUUUUUCCAAUGUUUUGAUUGUCGUAAAAUGUAUGCAGCAUUUUCACAGCUGGCUGUGAAAUUUCAAAAGGUUCCCCGCACUAACCUGCUGCUGGCUAUAUGUUCAGUGAUGGUACUAUUUCUGUUGCUAUCGGCAGUGGGUCUGACCUACAAAAUCCUCCUUCUCCAGGCCAAAUUUGAAGCCAAAGACAUCUGGUCUCCAGUCUCUCAAACAUCAUGGAGAGAGAAGUUGUACCAGACAAUUUACUCUAUGCAGUCUGACUCACAUCUGGCAACAGUGAAGCAAUUACAUUCUGUCCUUCAAACAAAUAUAGAAAUCCUAGAGGAGAUAAACCUGAGUUUGAAAAAUCUCCAUACUCACACAGAUGCGAAGGGAACCUGUCAAAAUGAUAACGGGGACCAUUCAUGUAGUUAGCAGAGGUCCAAGGGAGACUACUCUGUUAGUCUUCCUGCCUGUACGAGCCACAACAGACAUAAUAUAUUUGUUAAUGUGAUUGUUGACACUUUGCCUUUUUGGCUUGCAAUGUUUUCUGUGAUAUUUCUAAGACCACAACUUAAUGAACCACUUAAUAUAUCAACUCCAUUGUGAUUAGUUUUUGUUUGAGAAAAAAAAAAAGGAUUUUUUUUAAACAACUACCAUGUUAUAGGAGUUGCAUGUGUUUUUUGAAUUUUUGGAUUUUUAUUGUGUUAUGUGUUGAAAUGUGGAGUGUUACCUAUUUGAAUGAUCAGUGUGUGAAUGUACAUAGAAAUUUUAUCAUCAAAUUGUGUGAAAAGAAAGAUUAUUUAAAUAUGAUCUUGAUGAUAUCAGUUUGUUAUCAUUUUUCAAUCAUUUAAAUAUUUUAUCUUGGUUGUUAUAUUCUUUGUUGAUGAUGUUAAAUUGUUGCAAUCACAUAUCUACUUAAUCAUGUUUAAUUUAUUUCACAUGAAAUGUUUCACCCCUAAAUUAUGGUUUCAUCGUCAUGUUUAUUUAUAUGGUAAAUUACAUUCACAAAUCUACAUUGUAAUCGGAAUCAAUUUACCUAACAAACUUACCUAGAUGUUUAAUUCAUUUUUCCUGACAAAUCAGCAUCACCAGGUUUAAAUAUUUUUAUGUGAAAUAUAACAAACACAAUUAUUUUUUGUAUUCAUGUUUAAUUUAUUUUACAUGACAAAUCACCUACAUUCUGUGUUUUUGUUUGUUUUGUUUUGUUUUAUCUGGAUAAAUGUGUCACAAUCAAUGUCAAGUCAGGUAUAUAUUAUAAAACUUUCAACUGAAUAAGGAACAGUCACAAUAUUUCAUAACAAUGUAUUUUGUGUGAGACAACUUUUCCUGUACUGCAGGUUCUUUCUGGCUUCUGUACCAGAGGUAGUUAUUAGACUCACCCCUAGAAGUUUAAACAAGAUGAAAAUGGCGGGCUACCAUAUGCAUUUUUAGCAUGAAGUGCCAGUGAGCUUAUGAUAUGGUGCAGGAGUGAGUAUCUGUUGUUUUUCGUCCGUCGUCCAGCCAAUAACUUUUAACUUCUUUUAGAAAACUAAAACGCAACUGAGAUCUGGUGAGAAGGCAGAUGUUGAAGAGUACAUUUAAUUUUCCUCAUAUCAAUGGCCAUGACCUAUUUUCAAGGUCAAAGGAGUCAAAUAUGUUUAGAGAAUUUAAGAAUCUUAUCAAGUUUCAGAAGGCCCAAAUGGCCAAUAUUAUGCCAGCAAGUACAUAGGACAGAGUGGUUACCUUGAUCUAUUUGCAAGUUCAUAGGUUCCUACUAUGGAGUGCUGCAAAAUUUCUCAUAUAAAUGACCUUGAUCAAUUUUUCAGGUCACAGAAUUCAUUAGUAAAACAUUCCUUUGCAAAUCUUCUAAUGUUCUAAAAGACCCAGGGCACUUAUCUUAGACCAGUAAGUACAGGCUAUGGUAUAAAAUCUCAUCAUAUCAAUGACCUUGACCUGUUUACAAAGUCACAGGGAUCAGAUAUGUUAAAUUCUUCAAUGAACAUCUUUUUAAAUUUCUGAAGACACAUAUGCCUGAUAUUUUGCCAGCAGGUAACAAGAAUGAGUGCUAUAAGGAUUCGGCAUACAACUGACCUUGGUUUAUUUUCAAGGUUACUAUUGUGAAAUAUGUGACCACGGACACUAUGUAUAUUACACAGGAUCAACAAAAUGCUUUACAUCACACUUCACAUUGCUACAAGUAAUGGGUUUCACAUUGAUUUAGACAAUGCAUCUAUGCAAAAGCUUCUGAUCGACAACAGAAAGAAUGAGCACAUAUUUUUGUUGAUCAUAUAUAAUGUAGUCAACAACAGUACAGAAAAAAAUUAACCAAAAUCUGUACUAAUUGGGUUGUAUAAAGAAAAUGUCUUGUUUGGGAAUAGAAGAGUUUUUGAUGUUGAAUUAGUACAUCGAUCAUUUUGAAGAUUUUAGAUCUAGCCUGUAUGCCUUUUAAUCAUAUCACUUCAUUUCUAAAUUGAUCAAAUUUUAAUAGAAAAUGCUUUGAUUCAAACUUUUGUUUUAAUGUAAGCAAAUAGGAAUUGACACAUGUAACAUUUACAGGCCAUACAGAUUCAACACGAUGCUUGUACAGACAGGUGUCCUGACACUUUAUCACUAGCCCUCCACCUCUGGGUUGCGAGUUUGACACCUACGUGGGGCAGUUGUCAGGGUACUGGCCGUAGGUCGUGGUUUUUCUCUGAGUACUUCGGCUUUCCUCCAUCUCCAAAACCUGGAACAUCCUUAAAUGACCCUGGCUGUUAAUUGGAUGUUAAACACAAAUUGUACUGACAAACUAAAGUCUAAUUAAUGAAAAGAUCAAUAAAUGCAACAAUAAGUUUUGCACAGCGUCAAAAGAGAUUUAGAACUAAAAAUGGCUUUAUUCUUAAAACUGAUAGUUUUAGACAAAGUUCUUAUUUAAAUUAAUAAAUAUUUGUUGUGCAUAUACUAGUGCAUGUCAGAACCAUUAAAACUGUGUAAUGCGAUAUCGUUGCUACUGACAGUAUUUCAGUUUUCUUGAGAUUUUAAAAAGUAGUUAUAUAACAUUUGUGUGCGGUCUCCCAGUUUCCAUCUUGGUUCUUUGAAAUGAAGAAAUGUCUAGAGCACAAACCUAAGUCUAUGUGUAUUAUUUGAAUUUUUCCAUCAAACGGGUAUAUAAAUACAUGUAUAUUGGAUAAUACACUAUUACAUUGUACAAAAUGUUUUUGUUCACCAUGCAUUCCAUGUGUUUAUGACCAAAACACGAUCCUGAAAUAGUUUUAUGUACAGAAUCAUGUAAUGUAUUGUUACCACAAUGAUAAAAUUGCUGUGUUCUGCACCUUGAAAUAUACAAUCAGUGAAAAGUUUUGUACUGUUAGAGUGAAUCUGUGUAAUAAUGAUAAGGGCAUUUUGAUAUCAAUAUUUUAAAUCAAAACUACUUAAUUGUGUGAUCAAAACUGUUUUUGACAUUGUUUCUUGUUCAAUGUCAAUUUCUUUUUUUUAUUGAACACUUUCGACCUAGCUUUCAGACUGUAUAGCCAAUGUAUCUACCUAUAUAUAUAUAUAUAUGUAUAUGUUUGUUCUUGAUUUUAAAAUCUUACAUUCCACUCAUACAGAGAGCAUUCCACUUAGUUUACAUGAACAGAGCUAGGACAUUCCACUUAGUUUACAUGUACAGAGGACACUCCACUUAGUUUACAUGUACUGAGGACAUUCCACUUGAUUUAGUUUACAUAUACAGAGGACACUCCACUUAGUUUACAUGUACAGUGGACAUUCCACUUAGUUUACACGUACAGAGGACAUUCCACUUAGUUUACACGUACAGAGGACAUUCCACUUAGUUUACAUGUACAGAGGACACUCCACUUAGUUUACAUGUACAGAGGACACUCCACUUAGUUUACACGUACAGAGGACACUCCACUUAGUUUACAUAUACAGAGGACAUUCCACUUAGUUUACAUGUACAGAGGACACUCCACUUAGUUUACAUAUACAGAGGACAUUCCACUUAGUUUACACGUACAGAGGACAUUCCACUUAGUUAACACGUACAGAGGACAAUCCACUUAGUUUACACGUACAGAGGACAUUCCACUUAGUUUACAUAUACAGAGGACAUUCCACUUAGUUUACAUAUACAGAGGACACUCCACUUAGUUUACACGUACAGAGGACAUUCCACUUAGUUUACAUAUACAGAGGACAUUCCACUUAGUUUACACGUACAGAGGACAUUCCACUUAGUUUACACGUACAGAGGACAUUCCACUUAGUUUACAUGUACAGAGGACAUUCCACUUAGUUUACAUAUACAGAGGACACUCCACUUAGUUUACAUGUACAGAGGACAUUCCACUUAGUUUACACGUACAGAGGACAUUCCACUUAGUUUACAUGUACAUAGGACAUUCCACUUAGUUUACACAUACAGAGGACACUCCACUUAGUUUACACGUACAGAGGACAUUCACUUAGUUUACACGUACAGAGGACAUUCCACUUAGUUUACACGUACAGAGGACAUUCCACUUAGUUUACACGUACAGAGGACAUUCCACUUAGUUUACAUGUACAGAGGACAUUCACUUAGUUUACACGUACAGAGGACAUUCCACUUAGUUUACAUGUACAUAGGACAUUCCACUUAGAUUACAUGUAUAGAGGACACUCCACUUAGUUUACGGGUACAGAGGACAUUCCACUUUUGUACACGUACAGAGGACAUUUCACUUAGUUUACAUGUACAGAGGACACUCCACUUAGUUUACACGUACAGAGGACACUCCACUUAGUUUACACGUACAGAGGACACUCCACUUAGUUUACAUGUACAGAGGACACUCCACUUAGUUUACAUGUACAGAGGACACUCCACUUAGUUUACAUGUACAGAGGACAUUCCACUUAGUUUACACGUACAGAGGACAUUCCACUUAGUUAACACGUACAGAGGACAAUCCAUUAGUUUACACGUACAGAGGACAUUUCACUUAGUUUACACGUACAGAAACAAGUGAGUAAGAAGAAUAGAAUCUAUAUUUAAACCUUUCUCCAUCUGAAAUAUUUCAGUGUAUUUUAACCAUUUUACACAGAAAUUGCCUUUAUAAGAUAGUGUGUGUUACAUUGGAAAAUAAGUGUAUCCAAGUCUGUGGUAUUAACAUAUAAUAUCUUAUUUAUAGCUUUUGUCCAGUUUCAAAUUGCCUGAACCAGAAAUAAUGGCAAUGGUGUUUUUGUGACAGAUGUUGUUUAAUGGACAAAACAAAACUGUCUGUUUUUAAGAGACAAUGAUUAAAAUAAGGUAAUUCCUAGUUCGUGUAGUGUAAAUUGUUUAUAUAUCUCUGAAGGGCACCCUCAUUUUGUCAAAAUUUAUGACUCGAAAUGGACUUUGUUGUGCUCAGGGUCUGUAUUCAGAAAUAAAACUGUAAUGUACUAUAUUUAUCCUCAAGCCCCCUUUCCCUAGUGUAAGAGUUAAUUAUAAGUUUAUAAAAGAAAUGAAGAAGGGGACUUAUUUGUGGACAGGGGCUUAUUUGUGGAUAUGUUUGGUAACUGGAUGAUAGAGUCCUUGUUUAUGUUACGUAUACAGACACAUCCAAACCCCAGAUGUUUGUAUAUGGACGCUGUUUUGUAAACACAAACUUUCUGUGUAUAAACGUUAUUUUUUGUUAACAACACCUAUAUAAUACACCGUGAUACAUUUGUGUGAGAAACCUCUAACAGAGUUAUUGUUUAUACAUAAUACCUUUGUUAUCAAUUAUGUCUGCAAUGUUUUAGCAUUUAAUGAAUAGCAUUUAAUCAGAUUUAAUUUCAGUUGUCCUUGUCAGCAUUGAAGAGAUGUUUUCUGUAGUAAGUCUUUAUUAAAAUAUUUUAUUUGAGAAAACAAACAUCUACUUAUAUCAUAUACUAAUCAAGAAAGUUCACUUUUCUGCAGAAGGUUUAUUUUAAUCAACUGUCAGCUACCUGUUGAGAACUGAAAUAAAAAAUGAAUGCUUUUGAAGCUCCUUAUAAA